AUGAGCAGAUCGAUGUUCCGCUCCGCCUUGGAGCUGCGGAAGCCCGUGUCGCGCCUACCGCCGACCUUCCUGCUGCCCAUUCGCGCGCGAUGGCUUAGCUCGACACAGCAACAUGUCGAGGCAGCUGCGACGAGCCCACCUCCACCACCCAGCGGCGUCCCCCUCGAGGCAUCGCGCGCUCAGAACACCUCCGCCACAGAUCACGCCAGGACAGCAGCCACAACCGCGACAGCGACAGCAACAGCGACAGCAACAAGCCAGUUACUGCAUCACAACACGUCGAAGCCGCGCUCUCCGCCCACGCAGGCCCCGCCGCCACAGCCGACCGGGCCCAUUCCACAAGCGAUCAGGGAUAUGCUGCCUCUGCUACGGGCGCAGCCGGGCGGGCACUACGUGACGCUGCACAUCCACGGGCGGCCGUACCUGGUGACACCCGGCGACGAGAUUCGGCUUCCCUUCCUGAUGCCCGGCGUGCGCCCCGGAGACGUGCUACGGUUGAACCGCGCCUCGGUGCUGGGCUCACGCGACCUCACGCUGCUGCCGAGCGAACCUGGCUCGCGCAACCCCGCGAGCGGCGAGGUCGUAUAUGUUGACGAGCGGUUGUACGAGUGUCGUGCCGUCGUUGUGGGGGUGGACAGCGAACCGAUGCGUUUCAAGGAGAAGACGAAGCGGCGGAACAGGAAAGUCAAGACUGUAAAGAGCAAGCAUAGGUAUACAGUCCUGCGCAUCAGUGAGCUGAGGAUCAAGGCACCCGAGGAGCUUGGGGCAUGA